AAGAAAACGAGUAGAGAAUAUAUAUAUAUACUUACUCGCCGGAAAAAUACACAUAUAUAAAUUUACGUAAGAAAUUGCCUAUAAACAAGAGAGGAGGGUCGUGAGAGGUCUAGGAAUAUUUCCCAAUAAAUUCCAGACCGAUUCGUAGUCACCGGAGCAUCCUAGAGGUCGCCGGAGUUGCAAGCCAAGGAAAUGGGUCUUCAGCAAGUGCGGAAAUUUGGCCGUAGAUAGGGGUGGCGGAGCUUCUCCUAGACGUCAGGAUCAUUUUGCAACUUGAAUCGUUUAAAUCCGUUACCUAAGGAGAAUUCAAGUGAAGAUCAAGCUAGAGAUUUUAUUAAGGAGAUUAUCGCAAUUUAAGAUAUCAUGGCACCGAGAAGAGACCCUGAUAACACGCCCACCAAUGCUGAGUUGGCACAAAGCGUUCAACAACUGGCACAAUUCAUGCACACACUGGGUGCUACUGUGCUCCAGAACAAUCAAAACCAGAACAACGGGAAUGAUGCCGCAAAACGAGUGGCAUCUCGCAACCCUCCAAGCUUUCAUGGGCAAGAAGAUCCUCGUAUCCUCGAAAAUUGGCUCCGACUCUUUGACAAACUCUUCGACGCGGUGAGCUGUCCGGAAGAGCAAAGGGUUGACAUUGCUGUUUACUAUUUACAGCAAGAAGCGGAUAACUGGUGGGUCUCAUCAGGCCCAACUUUACGUCAACAACCUGACUUCAAUUGGGAAGCUUUCAAGAUUGCCAUGAGGAAACGUUUUUAUCCUGCACACGUUCAGGCCACCAUGCGUGAUGAAUUCAUACAUUUGAAACAGAUGGGCAUGAGUGUCCAGGAAUAUCACAAUAAAUUCGUGGACCUCGCGCCAUUUGCGAAAACAAUAGUGCCUGAUGAAAGCACCAAAGUUGAGAAAUUUAUCUACGGAUUAAACUAUGAUACGCAGAAAAUCGUCGCUGUUUUGGGUUGCCAAACUCUGACUGAAGCUUAUGAUAGAGCUGCAGUUCACUAUCGAGUUCAGCAACUACAAAGAGAGAGGAACCAGAAGAUGAAGAGGGACGAAGAUGGAGGUCGAGGAGAAAAGAGGGUCAGAGUGCACCCACCUACACAGCAACAAGAAGGGAGGAGGAGGAGAGAUGACCAAGGUGGAAGAAAUUUCCACGGUCAAAACCAACAAAAUGAUCGAAGAGUUGCUCCCAGAGAUAGACACUUCUACUGCAAGAGGUGCGGGAGAGAUCAUCCCGGUGUUAACUGCGAUGGAAGCCUGACAAAAUGUUUCAAUUGUGGGAAGCUAGGGCACAGAACCUUCGAGUGUCUCUCAAAGACCAAUGGGGCACCAGUGAACCAGGUGCAAUACCGUGAUGGAGGAAGACCAGAUAUGAAUCAAGCUGGGCCAAAUGGAGGACAAAAUAACAACAACAAUGCCGCCGCCGCCAACAACAACCGCAACCCUCGAGAAGGAGGGGAGAAUAAUCGUGGCAAUGGCAAUGGCGGGAACAAUGGCAAUGGCGGAAACAACGGCAACCGUCCGAACCAAGGGCGAAUCAUGGUGAUGAAUCAGGCCCAAGCCAAUGCUAAUGAUGUGGUUUCAGAAGGAGAAUUCAAGUGAAGAUCAAGCUAGAGAUUUUAUUAAGGAGAUUAUCGCAAUUUAAGAUGAUUAUGAUUAUGAAGAUUGAUGUACUUGCUGCCCGAGUGUUCCGCUAGUUGCACACGUUUGAUUAAUUAUUGUUGUUUAAAUUUGUAAUCCAUAAACUUUGUUUAAGUUUUAUCUGAUGACUACUUGAAUUAAUGGUGGAUAGCCUGUGCACUCAAUCAUGUAUAGGUUGAGUGUGGCGGUGACACACCUGUUUUUCCAUCAAAGACUUCCGCUGUACUCUAAAUAUGUUUUAUAAUAAAGAUGUUUUCAUUUCAAAAU